AUGCAUCUCAUGCGCUCAAUGCUAUUUACAAUUGCUUUACUUAUGAUUAUUACAUUGAUUCAAGGAAAACCAACGCAUAUAUCAUCAUCAUCAACUAAUAUCAAAGAUUAUAUUAAGCACUUACUUAGUUUAACUGGAAUUGAAAAUGAGUAUGCACGAUUUUUAUCAUUUUUAAAAAUUGAUCCACCAACCGAUAAUACAAAAAUGAGAGUAUUAUAUGAUGAAUUGUUUUCAACUAAUGCCUAUGUUUCUGAUCUUAUCCGAUUAUAUGCAAAAUCUUAUACAUUAGAUGAAAUUAUUGAACUUCUCGCUUUUUAUUCAAGUCCGUUGGGCAAAAAAACACUUCAAACUACUCAUGAAAUAAAUCGACAAAUCGAAGAUAUCAUGUUAACUAAAAUUAGUGACUAUAUUUUUACAUCCGCAGAACACGGUUUCAAUAUUCCACUCGCUGAAUUUCAAUAA